AUACUAGUUUCUCACGUUACAGCUCUUGAAGCAAAUGGGUUAAAGCUUGUCUGUCUUGCGCCAUUAGGAUGGAAGAGCGACGCGUUAUUACGUGCAAUUCCGAUAAAUACCGAAGCCGAAAUAGGAAGAAAGUCAAACGAGUAGUUAAUCAUCGUUGUUAAAAGCGUAGAGAGAAGAAGAGACACACCUUGUCAUUGUAAAGAAGCCCAUCACCAGAUUACCCCCCCAACCUCCACCACAUCUACUGUAUCAAAGUGAAGAUGGCCCAUCUCCUUUUUCUCCUGCUGCCACACUGAUCACCUCCACUGGAACACAAACACACAAUGGAGAGGAAACGGAGAAAGAAAUGAAAGCUCAAGCCAUGUGUUAUUCAGGCUUCUCUGUGUUCUGGACUUAACCUAAUUCAAAACUUCAAAUUACACUUUGUUACCUUUAAGAAGAAAUGCAUCUUUGGAUGGGUGAUGAACAGAAACGGAGCACAGGGGCCAUGAGCCUGUGGCUGUGCUUGGUUGUGGCCUUAUUAGUGGGUCAGUUGUCUCUGGUGGGCACAGAGGAGAAGAGUGGACCUUUUUCCACUCCCUUUCAUCCGUCCCUGAAUUCCGAUACACUCUUGAGCCCAAACUGCUCGGAGCUCACUGUAAAACUGGACUUUUCUACCAAAGUGGUCAAGCAUGAGUACAUUGUUGCAUUUAACGGUUACUUCACUGCCAAGGCUCGCAGACACUUCAUCAGCAGCGCCCUGCGAGACAUGAAUGCAGUGAACUGGCGCAUUGUGCAGCGGGACAAUCCUGCCAGCGAUUACCCCAGCGACUUUGAGGUGGUGGAGAUACGGCAGGAUGCCCGCAGCAGCCUGCUUACCCUGCAGGAUCACCCUUACAUCAAGAGAGUGACGCCACAGCGCAUGGUUCUCCGCAGCCUUAAACUAACUGACUCGGGCACUGAUGGUGGAUCCCCGUGCAAUGACACGCGCUGGGUGCAGAAGUGGCAGUCAUGGCAAUCAUCAAGGCCACUCAGGAGGACCAGUCUAUCUUUGAGCUCUGGCUUCUGGCAUGCCACAGGCAGACACUCCAGUCGCCGUCUUCUGCGGGCAAUCCCCAGGCACGUCGCCCUGAUACUGCAGGCAGAUGUGCUUUGGGAAAUGGGACACACUGGCUCUGGAGUGAAAGUUGCAGUAUUUGACACUGGGUUGAGUGAGAAGCACCCUCACUUUAAGAAUGUUAAGGAAAGAACCAACUGGACCAAUGAGAAAACACUGGAUGAUGGGUUGGGUCACGGUACCUUUGUUGCUGGGGUUAUUGCCAGUAUGAGAGAAUGCCAGGGCUUUGCUCCUGAUUCUGAGCUACAUAUCUUCAGGGUUUUCACCAAUAACCAGGUGUCUUAUACCUCCUGGUUCUUGGAUGCCUUCAACUAUGCCAUCCUGAAGAAGAUCGAUGUCUUAAACCUCAGUAUAGGGGGACCAGACUUCAUGGACCAUCCGUUUGUUGAUAAGGUUUGGGAGCUCACGGCCAACAAGGUGAUUAUGGUGUCUGCUAUUGGCAAUGAUGGUCCAUUGUACGGGACCCUGAACAAUCCAGCGGAUCAGAUGGAUGUUAUCGGUGUGGGAGGGAUUGAUUUUGAGGACAACAUUGCCAGGUUCUCAUCUCGCGGCAUGACUACAUGGGAGUUGCCGGGUGGCUAUGGCAGGGUGAAGCCUGACAUUGUGACGUACGGCUCUGGUGUGCGUGGCUCUGGAUUAAAGGAGGGCUGUCGUUCUCUUUCUGGCACCAGUGUUGCAUCACCUGUAGUGGCUGGAGCUGUCACACUGCUGGCCAGCACUGUAUUGAACAGAGAGUUGAUAAACCCAGCCAGUAUGAAGCAGGCACUGAUCGCGUCAGCUCGCAGACUGCCGGGUGUCAACAUGUUUGAACAAGGCCAUGGCAAACUUGAUCUGCUCAAAGCCUACCAGAUCCUAAACAGCUAUAAGCCGCAAGCCAGCUUGAGCCCCAGCUACAUAGAUCUGACCGAGUGCCCGUACAUGUGGCCCUACUGUUCACAACCCAUUUACUACGGCGGCAUGCCAACUAUUGUCAACGUGACCAUUCUUAAUGGUAUGGGCGUGACUGGAAGGAUUGUAGACAAGCCCAUCUGGCAGCCAUACCUUCCUCAGAAUGGGGAUUAUAUUGACGUGGCAGUAUCUUACUCACCUGUGCUCUGGCCCUGGGCCGGAUACCUGGCUGUCUCUAUAUCUGUGGCCAAGAAAGCUGCAUCAUGGGAAGGAAUCGCUCAGGGUCACGUCAUGGUCACGGUGGCCUCGCCAGCAGAGAAUGAUUCAGCGAUAGGUGGUGAGAUGACCUCCACGGUGAAGCUACCAGUGAAAGUGAAAAUCGUCCCAACUCCCCCACGUAGUAAAAGGAUUCUGUGGGAUCAGUACCAUAACCUGCGCUACCCACCUGGCUAUUUCCCUAGAGACAACCUGCGCAUGAAAAAUGAUCCUCUUGACUGGAAUGGUGAUCAUAUUCACACCAACUUUAGAGACAUGUAUCAGCAUCUUCGGAGCAUGGGUUACUUUAUCGAGGUCUUGGGGGCACCAAUCACAUGCUUUGAUGCCAGUCAGUACGGGACCUUGCUGAUGGUGGACAGCGAGGAAGAGUAUUUCCCAGAGGAGAUCACCAAGUUGAGAAGAGACAUAGAAAAUGGGCUGUCUCUCAUUGUCUUCAGUGACUGGUACAAUACAUCAGUCAUGAGAAAAGUCAAGUUUUAUGAUGAGAACACCAGACAAUGGUGGAUGCCGGACACAGGGGGCGCUAAUGUACCAGCCUUGAAUGAUCUGAUCUCUGUCUGGGGUAUGGCCUUUAGUGAUGGACUAUAUGAGGGAGACUUCACAAUGGCAGAUCAUGACAUGUAUUAUGCUUCUGGAUGCAGCAUUGCCCGUUUUCCAGAGGAUGGGAUUGUUAUUGCUCAGACCUUAAAGGAUCAAGGACUGGAGGUCUUGAAACAAGAGACAGCAGUGGUGGACAACGUGCCUGUGCUUGGACUGUACCAAACACCCAGUGAGGGAGGAGGGCGCAUAGCACUCUAUGGAGACUCGAACUGUAUUGACGACAGUCAUAGACAGAAAGACUGUUUUUGGCUGCUGGAUGCUCUUCUGCAAUACACUUCCUACAGCAUGACUCCACCCAGCCUCAUCCACUCUAAAAACAGAAUGGUGCCCCCUACAGGCAAAGACAGGCCAUUACCACAGAGAUUAGAAGGUAAUCACCUCUACCGUUACUCCAAAGUGCUGGAGGCUCAUCUGGGUGACCCUAAGCCACGUCCUCUUCCUGCAUGCCCUCAUCUGUCUUGGGCUAAACCCCAACCACUUAAUGAAACUGCUCCUAGCAAUCUGUGGAAGCACCAGAAGCUACUGUCAGUGGACCUGGACAAGGCGGUUUUGCCUUAUGUGAGGCCAUAUCGCCCUCAGGUUCGACCUUUGUCUCCUGGAGAAAGUGAAGCUUGGGACAUUCCAGGAGGAAUAAUGCCAGGCCGUUAUAAUCAAGAAGUUGGCCAGACGAUCCCGAUGUUUGCAUUUCUAGGUGCCAUGGUUGUUCUUUCCUUCUUUGUGGUGCAACUGACCAAGUCUAAGAGCAAACCCAAGCGCAGGAAGCCCAGAGUGAAACGUCCACUUUACCUCCAACAACAACAACAGCAGCAAACCCUUCACACAGGCCGAACUCCCACAGUAUGACUGGCCACAUGCCAUCUGGACAAACAACAAACAGGGAACAGUCUUCCCUAAAGUGUGCUUGUGGUGAUGAGAUUGAACUCAGACUUUGCCACCUGGGCCCAGAAAGGGGCUUGGCCUGGACAUGAGUAUUCCUGUCUUGGUUUUAUUCUACACGUACCUUUCAAUUCAGUGACCAAAUGGAGGAAUGUUUCCGUUUUUAAUUUAUUGAUGAUGAAUUGACUAUUGACCCUUGUUUUGUGUCAAAUUGGACAACCAAAACCAGCCAUCGAUUUUUUCCUGAUUAACAUAUUGGACACUUGGCCUUGUUUUUGUAUUGUCAAAAUGUGUUUUUAUAUAAUGGGUGAGUACAUGCAUCUUUUGUAAAUGGCCAUCAAGAUUUCAAUGUUGUUGAUGUGGAGAAUCAAUGUUUGAAAUAUAUCUUAUCCAAUAUAAAGCAGAAAACCUG